AUAAAUUAAUUCACAACCCCAAAUAUCCAUAGAUGGUUCUGGAACUUAGCUCAAUUUUGCUCAAAAUUAAUUGGGCUGCAUAAAAAUUAACCCAAAAACUAUAAAUUGGAGGUGAUAAAUAUGUCGUAGAAUUAGUUCAGGUUUGCAAAAACUGAAUCAGAAAACUAUAUAGUUAAGUUAUUUGAAAUACCAAAAAUAUCCUCAAAUCGAGGUGAGCGAAAGCUGAUUCAAAGGUAAGUUUUUUUUGCAAUGUCACCAAAAGCUUCGAUUGAAUCAUGUGCAUAUCAGUUCAAUUCUUGGAACCCUUUUAAUUCAAAAGGCAUUGAUUACGAUUCAUCGAAAAGUGGGGUCCACAGUAAGCGUCAAUGUAGAUCAGAUCGAACAAGAUCAAGUACAAUUGAAUCAGCUGUUCUUGAUAUGUCUAAGCUGAGUUUAUUCGAUGAGAAAUGUGAUAAUUUGAAGUAUAUAUGUGGUAAUAAGAGGAGGAGAAGGCGUGGGUCGAGGUCAGUUUCGGGUAGGAGUAGUGAUAGGAGUGGGAAUAGGAGGAGGUGUUGUUCUGUUGGGGCUUCAGCUGCUUAUGGGACUUGUUCGGAUUUUCAUGUUGCGGUUGGGACUGAUUCGAGCGGGGAGUUGUUCGUUAAUGGUGGUAGUGGUAGUGGUGGUGGUGGGGAUGUAAUGCAUUGGACGUUGGAUGGUGGUAGUAGUGAGGUGGUUAGUAAUACGACGACGAGGAGGAGUUUGAGGAAGGAGAAGGAAGAGAGCAAUGUGAAUGUGUUGCAAAAUGGGGGGAAUUUUGAGGGGUUGGGGAAUGAAUCGGGGUAUGGGAGUGAACCGGGGUAUAGAGGGGAUGCGGAGUUUGGAUAUGGCGAUGAGUUUGAUGAAGAGGAAGAUGAUCAACGAGUCUCUUUUUGGGGCGACGAAUUUGGAG